UGUUUAGCAGCUGCUAGGAUCUGAAUAAGUAUACUGAAGUCUGAGGUAGUGCAGCAUGGCUAUAUUGUUGUGGAAGGAAUGAGGGAAGCAAUGGACGAGUCCAGCAUUCUGAGGAGGCGAGGGCUUCAGGAAGUGGCACCUCAGAAGAGUCAUUUCAGCUCAAGUCGGCAUCGCCAAAGGCUAGUGGAACCAGCAGCUACAAAAAAGGAGCUGAGUCUUCCAAGAAGAGGAAGUUUUUGCCGUACAAGUAACCGGAAAAGUCUGAUAUGCAAUGGACAGUCUCCGGCUAUGCCUCGACCCCAUUCGCCACUUUCAGCUCAUGCAGGGAGCAGUCCUCAAGACAGCCCAAGAAACUUCUCUCCUAGUGCCUCAGCCCACUUUUCUUUUGCACGAAGUCAUGGGCACCGAAAUGAGAGGACUGAUGGACGACGUUGGUCUCUGGCAUCUCUUCCGUCCUCUGGCUAUGGCACAAAUACCCCAAGCUCAACAGUUUCAUCAUCCUGUUCCUCCCAAGAGAAGUUACACCAGUUACCAUACCAACCAACACCAGAUGAACUGCAUUUUUUGUCUAAACAUUUCUGUGCCACGGAAAGCAUUGCCAGUGAUAGUAGAUGUAGGACCACUCAAAUGCGUCCACGAUCAAGAAGCCUCAGCCCUGGACGUUCUCCUGCCUGCUGUGACCAUGAAAUAAUUAUGAUGAACCAUGUAUACAAAGAGAGAUUCCCAAAGGCUACAGCUCAGAUGGAAGAACGACUUCAGGAGAUUAUCACCAACCAUUCUCCUGACAAUGUCCUCCCCUUGGCAGACGGAGUGCUUAGUUUCACCCACUAUCAGAUCAUUGAGCUGGCUCGCGACUGCUUGGACAAAUCUCAUCAGGGUCUCAUCACCUCACGAUAUUUCUUUGAAUUACAGCACAAACUAGAUAAACUUCUACAAGAGGCUCAAGAAAGAUCAGAAAGUGGAGAACUGGCAUUUAUUAAGCAACUGGUCCGAAAGAUUCUUAUUGUCAUUGCUCGUCCUGCUCGCUUACUGGAAUGCUUGGAGUUUGAUCCCGAAGAAUUUUAUUAUCUUUUGGAAGCUGCAGAAGGGCAUGCUAAAGAGGGGCAAGGCAUUAAAACUGACAUUCCUAGAUAUAUUAUUAGCCAGCUGGGAUUGAAUAAGGAUCCUUUGGAAGAAAUAGCUCAGUUAGCUAACUAUGACAGUGGGACAGCAGCAACUCCAGAAACAGAUGAAUCAAUUAGUAGUUCCAAUACAUCUCUUAAACUACGGCGGAAGCCUCGUGAAAGUGAUUUUGAAACCAUUAAACUGAUUAGUAAUGGAGCAUAUGGUGCUGUUUAUUUGGUGCGGCAUAAAGAAACAAGACAGAGAUUUGCCAUGAAAAAGAUUAACAAACAGAAUCUCAUUCUUCGAAACCAGAUUCAGCAAGCGUUUGUUGAGCGCGAUAUCCUGACAUUUGCAGAAAAUCCAUUUGUAGUCAGCAUGUAUUGUUCCUUUGAAACUAGACGCCAUUUAUGCAUGGUCAUGGAAUAUGUGGAAGGUGGAGAUUGUGCUAACUUAAUGAAAAAUAUGGGUCCUCUGCCUGUAGACAUGGCCAGGAUGUACUUUGCAGAGACUGUUUUGGCUUUGGAGUAUCUUCACAAUUAUGGAAUAGUACACAGGGAUUUGAAACCAGACAAUUUAUUGGUUACAUCCAUGGGACAUAUAAAGCUAACAGAUUUUGGGCUAUCUAAAGUUGGCCUCAUGAGUAUGACCACCAAUCUUUAUGAAGGUCACAUUGAGAAGGAUGCUAGAGAAUUUCUGGAUAAACAGGUCUGUGGCACACCAGAAUACAUAGCUCCUGAAGUAAUCCUAAGACAAGGUUAUGGCAAGCCAGUGGACUGGUGGUCCAUGGGAAUUAUCCUAUAUGAGUUUCUUGUUGGAUGUGUGCCAUUUUUUGGGGAUACACCAGAGGAACUGUUUGGACAAGUAAUCAGUGAUGAGAUCAACUGGCCAGAAAAGGAUGAAGCUCCGCCUCCAGAUGCCCAGGAUCUGAUUGCAUUGCUUCUAAGACAAAACCCCUUGGAGAGGCUGGGAACAGGUGGUGCUUAUGAAGUGAAACAACAUCAGUUCUUCCAGAACUUAGACUGGAAUAGUUUGCUGAGACAGAAAGCAGAGUUCAUUCCACAGCUGGAGUCCGAGGAUGACACAAGUUACUUUGACACUCGCUCUGAGAAGUACCACCAUAUGGAAACAGAAGAGGAAGAUGACACAAAUGAUGAAGACUUUAAUUUGGAGAUAAGGCAGUUUUCCUCAUGUUCCCAUAGAUUUUCAAAAGUUUUUAGCAGCAUAGAUCGAAUAACUCGAAGUCAGACUGAAGACAAGGAGGCCAAAAAUGUGACACUGACAUCUGUGGAAUCUUUAAGCUGGAGUUCAGAAUAUUCUGAAAUGCAACAGCUAUCUACAUCUGUCUCCUCUGAUACUGACGGUUCCAGGCAACGUCACAAUUCAGGAUUGCUUCCAAAAUUGGCCAUAUCUGCUGAAGGAGAUCAAGAUGAGUCCCUACGUUCUAUCAGAUCCCGUAAAGAACAAGAGAAGGCGACGUUUGUUAAUGAGGAAUCAGUUCAGGAUGAGGUGGAAGUAACAACUCCAGCGAGCACUAUAAGUAGCUCAACAUUGUCAGUUGGCAGCUUUUCAGAGCACUUGGAUCAGAUAAAUGGAAGAAGUGAGAGUGUGGACAGCACAGAUAAUUCCUCAAAGCCAUCCAGUGAAUCAGCGUCUCGUAUGGCUCGUCAGCGAUUAGAAACUACAGAGAAAAAGAAAAUCUCCGGGAAAGUCACGAAGUCCCUCUCUGCCAGUGCUCUAUCCCUCAUGAUCCCAGGAGAUAUAUUUGGUGUGUCUCCUUUGGGAAGUCCUAUGUCCCCCCAUUCCAUGUCUUCAGAUCUAUCAUCCUCCAGGGAUUCCUCUCCUAGCCGUGAUUCUUCAACAGCUUCUGCAAGUCCUCACCAACCAGUCAUAAUUCACACAUCUGGCAAGAAAUAUGGGUUCACUAUCCGAGCCAUCAGGGUAUAUGUAGGUGACAGUGACAUCUACACAGUUCACCAUAUUGUUUGGAAUGUUGAAGAAGGAAGUCCGGCUUACCACGCUGGGCUGAAGGCUGACGAUUUGAUCACUCAUAUCAAUGGAGAGCCUAUACAUGGCCUUGUUCACACAGAAGUCAUAGAACUGUUGUUAAAGAGUGGAAAUAAAGUAUCAAUUACGACAACCCCCUUUGAGAAUACAUCAAUAAAAACAGGACCAGCCAGAAGAAACAGCUAUAGGGGCCGAAUGGUUAGGCGCAGUAAGAAAACCAAAAAGAAGGAGAGUUUGGAAAGGAGGAGAUCUCUGUUUAAAAAGCUGGCCAAGCAGCCCUCACCGCUUCUUCACACAAGUCGGAGUUUCUCCUGCCUGAAUCGAUCGCUCUCAUCAGGAGAGAGCUUGCCUGGCUCUCCAACUCACAGCUUGUCUCCCCGCUCACCCACACCAAGCCUCCGCUCCACCCCCGAUUUCCCCUCAGGGACAAAUUCUUCUCAGAGCAGCUCCCCAAGCUCAAGUGCCCCCAAUUCUCCUGCUGGUUCAGGACAUAUUAGACCCAGCACCCUUCAUGGUUUGGGUCCCAAGCUCGGGGGGCAAAGAUACAGAUCAGGAAGACGCAAAUCUGCUGGUAGCAUUCCCCUCUCACCUUUGGCGCGGACUCCUUCUCCAACGCCUCAGCCAACAUCUCCUCAGCGGUCUCCGUCACCUUUACUGGGACACUCAAUUGGAAGUGCGAAAAUAACUCAGCCCUUCCCUAGUAAAAUGCAUUCCCCUCCUACUAUUGUCAGACAUAUCGUUCGGCCAAAAAGUGCAGAGCCACCAAGGUCUCCAUUGCUUAAGAGGGUUCAGUCUGAAGAGAAACUGGCCCCGUCUUAUGGGACUGACAAGAAACACUUGUGCUCACGCAAACACAGCCUGGAGGUAACUCAGGAAGAGGUUAACAGGGAGGAGUCUCCGCGAGAUGUAACCCUUCAGAGUCUGGAGGAAAAUGUAUUGGAUGCCCCAUCUUUCACACGAGUAAGGCCUGCAGAGCAAGGCUGCUUGAAACGACCCAUUUCUAGGAAACUGGGCAGGCAAGAGUCUAUUGAUGAGCUAGACAGGGAAAAAUUAAAGGUCAAAAUAGUUGUAAAAAAGCAGGAUCUGGCAGAGAAGCAAGAAUAUUUACAGAAAGCAAGCACUGUGCAUGAACCUUCUGUUGAAUCAGAGAACCCUGUUACGACAUGCCUGGAGGAGAAAGAAGGCAAGAAAACAUUUCAGAAAGCCAUGGAAAGACCAAACCAUUCUGAAGCUAAAAUCGCAGCUCUGGAGACACACUUGGUGGGUGGCAUGCUAAAAGAUGCGCUUCAAAAGAACGCAAACAUGAGAUCAAAUGAUUGCACUGCUUCAGAUGUACAUGCACCGUGUCACGGCCCCCCACUUAAUGAAUUCAGUCAUUUGUCAUACGACUUCAAAAGAAUUUCCCCUCCAUGUACAUUACAAGAUGUACUGCCUCAGUCGUCUGACAAGAUGCUGAAUGGAAAGGGAGAAAACACAGAUAAAACUGCGCCGACAAAAGAAUUUGUCAAAUGUGAAAGAUUAGAUAACAAGCUUGCAAAUAUUGAUUAUUUUCGGAAGAAAAUGUCCUUUGAAGAAAAAGAUGACAGCCCUUGUCCAGUGCUGAAGUCCAAAUUGAUGUCAAAUAUACAUGAAUGCCAUCAGUUCAGUGUAGUCAGACCGAUGAACGUUCAGCAGGAUUCAAAUUCAUCAUCUGACAGCUGGUCAUAUAUCAGCAGUGCUCAUUCUUCUCAGAUUAGCUCAGUUUCUUUUGUUCCCCUCAAAGCCUUGAAUAGCCGAGCAGACAGCGGCAUGGAAAAACCCAUCCUGAUUUCCACAGAGUCCCCAGUCCGAAAGAGUCCUUCAGAAUAUAAGCUAGAAGGGAGGUCUGUGUCUUGCUUGAAGCCAAUUGAAGGCACAUUAGAUAUUGCUUUACUUUCAGGGCCACAAGCUUCCAAGGGAUCUUCAGAAGUGUCUUCAGGUGCAUUUCCAGGAGGCCAAAGUGCCAAAAACGAAGCUGCAUGUCCCAUCGUGCCUCUGUGCCAAAGUGGCAGCAGUGUGAAGGUUGAGCCUAACUAUCAGAAAGAGAAGCCACCAACGUACCAGCAGUCCAGGUCUUAUAAAUCUGAUCUGCUGGAGCUUCAGAGUUCAAAGUUAAACAAAAAUAUUCAAAACACAUCAGCAAUGGCCGUGGCUGCAGAGCAGCCGCUUGAAAAAACGGCCUGCAAUCUGAGCAUGAAAUGUGGUCCACCUCUAAGGGUGGCUAACCAAAAGAAAGAGGUAACCCAGUUAACUGUGAGCGAGGCUAAAUUGAGCAGCCUUCAAAGCCACGACACUGCUUCGACACCCUGCAAACCUUCCACAGCACAGGGCAUUUCUGAGAAAGCCAAACGAAAAGAGAAGAAAGCCGCAAAAGAAGGGGCUGACAACCAAGUAAGGGCCCUUAGGAGUGACGACCUACAUCCAGAGAAGCCAGAGGUCCCUGAGGACUCAUCAGCAAAAAGGCCUGGUGCAGAAGCCCUCCCAAAUCAAGACCCUAAACACAUUCAGAGAUGUUCCUUUGAGUCAGCCGCUCCUCUGCAAACACACGGAACAGCAAAAGGGCAGGUGGUGAGCUCAAGGGCGAAGCCCAAAGAUGUGCUCAAGCUACAUGCAAAGGAGGAUAACAACACCACUAAACCAUCUUCAGGAAGCGAGUCGGGCAUGCAGAAAGCGAGUGCGCAUUUCAGGUCAGAAACCUCACUUCCCCAAAAGUCUUUACAAACAUCAGCAGAUAUAAAUUCUGCUAAAAUGGAAAAACUGCCGGUUGGUGUCGUUGUGCAGAAGGGCACCCCUCGAGAACCAGGGACAAAAGAGCAGAAGCCGUCCAAAAAUACACAGCCCGCAGCUAUGUCACCAGCUGGUGACAAAGAGCCCAGCAUCGCUUCUAGGCAACAAGGUGGCCAUUCUGAUGUUCCUGCUGCAAAGGAAUCUGUCAACAGGCCAUCUGUGGUCCCUGUGUGUCACACCAACCAAGAUAAUCUCAGAUCUGCAUCAUGUAUGGAAAGUGGCUCUGUUAAAUCCAGGCAUGUGCCUGACGCCUGUUCCUCUAAGCCAAAACAUUCUGACAAACUGACACCGGCACAAAAGCAAACAGCUACAAAUGUGAAAGAGAAAGAAACCGGUGUUCAGGUCUUGGCAGGUUCUCGGAAGGAGGGGAAAAACAUGGGUAAAACCGCACUGGAUUCCUUUUCAUACCCUUCAAGCUCUCAAAGAAAGCUAAAUAAUGAGCAUAUCCAGGUAGAGAGGCAUUUAGUCAUAGAAUGUAGGUCAGAGCCCUCAAUCCUAAUCAAUAGCUCCAUGCCUGAAAAACAGCUCAGAUCCUUCAGUAAUAGCCACGCAGCGGCCCCAGAGAACACUAAGCAUUUUCAAAGGCAAGAAACGGCAAGCUUAAGCGACCCUCUUGAUCAAAAGCCACUCCACUCGCGCAGCAAGCAAACCGUGCCUCCGAAGGCAGCUGCUGCGAAAGAUUGUCCUUUGCCAAGCAAGCACGUGGACAAGGGCCCGAGCCAUCACGUUUCCUCUGCAGAGAAACAGCCUGAAGGGAAAAAAUGCACAGACGCACUUUAUUUUCAGAAUGAUUGCAGGAACUUGGAUCCUACUCUUUCUUUUACUGGCUGUGAUGCAAGAGGGAAAACUGCAGAAAAGGCCGUCGCAGGUAGCAAGGGCUCUCAAGACGUUAAAGGGAGAGGACACGCCAGUCAGAAACAGUCAGCCGAAGGAAGCAAGCAGCAUGCCGCAAAGCAUUCCUCCUCGGCUUCUUUGCAGAGUGGGUGUCGUCCCGUUACAGCCCUUACAAAACAGCUCGAGUGCCCAUCCAACUUCCCUGAAUGUAGACAGGAAGUCCUCGUUUUGCCUGUGACAAAGGCCAAGCUGGGGUCAUCGGAACCAGUUGCAGUCAGUGGCAGGGAAGCAAAAAAGCCAGCCAGCUCUUCCUCAGCAGAAGGCAGAGCAGAAAUGACUAAGAGUAUCUCAGUGGUGGACUUACGCUCUGUGGCUUCACCUGCGGAAGAGCAUGUCCCCACUUCAAACUUGGAGGGGGAACCCAAAAGCCAAGAGAGGCCCCAGUCUGCUAACACCACUGUGGACAUGAAGGGAAGAGAUCCCCUUCUGCCCCAGUCUUCUGCUGCAAGAAAACAGAAUGUAGGUAAAGAUUUGCCAAAGUCAGGGACUCCAGCUGACCCUCUCAAUGCACUUUCAUCCGACAAAGACUCUGCCCGGCAGAGGCGAGGAAAAGAUGCCUCGCGGAGUAGUCCUCACAAAAAGCCCUCCUAAUAGCAGAAGUUGCAAAUAGGACUUCUUAGUGUUUUGUCUUACUUUCAGAAAUCAGCACUGUGUAGUAUUUUCUUGCAGGAAAACUUUCAGCGCUACUUAAGCAGGGUGUGUAAAGAGAAGACUCUUCCCCCCACCCCACCCCUCAAAAUGCCUUCCCAAAAUACAACCGGUUAA